AAGCGACUUUUGGACUUUCUGCGCCACCGUAGAAGAGCAGGCUAAAGCUAUAAGAAAACUCAAGAUGUUUGCCAGCAACACACGCAAUCUAGUGCGCAGCAGUUUUUUGCAGCGCUGCAAGAGCACAUUGGUCGUGGCGGAGCACAAUAACGAGACGCUCAAUCCCCUCACACUUAACACCAUCUCAGCGGCCAAGAAGAUCGGCGGUGACGUCACAGUUCUCGUAGCAGGCACAAAAUGUGGACCCGCAUCGGAGGCUGUAGCCAAAGUGGAGGGAGUGACCAAGGUUUUGGUGGCCGAGAAUGCCGCCUUCAAAGGCUUCACCGCCGAGUCUCUGACACCUCUCGUCCUCGCCGCCCAAUCGCAGUUCAAGUUUACGCACAUUUUAGCCGGUGCUUCUGCUUUUGGCAAGAACGUUUUGCCACGCGUCGCCGCCAAGCUCGAUGUGUCGCCCAUCUCAGAGAUCAUUGAUGUCAAGUCGGAGGACACCUUUGUGCGCACCAUCUACGCCGGUAACGCAAUCCUCACGCUCAAGUCCAAGGAUGCUGUGAAGGUUAUCACAGUGCGUGGCACGAAUUUCCCACCAGCUGCUACAAGCGGCGGCAGCGGCACUGUUGAGCAAGCUCCAGCUGGCGACUAUGCCAGUAGCUUGUCAGAAUUCGUAUCCCAGGAGCUGACCAAGUCUGAUCGUCCCGAGCUGACGGGUGCCAAGGUGAUUGUCUCUGGCGGACGUGGCCUGAAGUCCGGCGAUAACUUCAAGCUGCUUUACGAUCUGGCUGAUAAAUUCAAUGCUGCCGUCGGUGCUUCACGUGCUGCUGUCGAUGCUGGCUUCGUACCCAACGAUCUGCAGAUCGGUCAGACUGGAAAGAUUGUUGCACCCGAGCUAUACAUUGCCGUGGGCAUCUCUGGAGCUAUUCAGCACUUGGCUGGCAUGAAGGACUCCAAAACCAUUGUGGCCAUCAACAAGGAUCCGGAGGCACCCAUUUUCCAGGUGGCCGAUAUUGGUCUAGUGGCAGAUCUGUUCAAGGCUGUGCCCGAACUGACUGGCAAAUUGUAAUUGAAGCGAAUGAAGCUCCUCAAUAGUUGUAUAAAGCUGAUUGAUUCUAUCAAAUCGAAGAAUUGAAUUGUUGCAUUUAUUUGAAAUUAAUAUACUUAUGUGUAGUUCCGAGACUUUUUGUAGCAUCCAUCUGGCAGUCGCGCAAUCAUAAACGUUGUUUUGCCAUUCUUUUGUUAUUCUAAUAAAAAAACUAAGCUGUAUGUCUGGCAAUAUUUAGUA